UGUUCAACAUUCGGCCCUAUUUCCUUCUCCACCUCAUAUUUUCCACCGGAGGACAAUAAGAUGUGACCCUCUUCCGGCUUAGGAAAGAUGGCGGCACCCCACAGUAGGGACUCCAUUUGGGACAGGACCAUACGGCACUUCCGUUUGCAUCUCCGUUUCGGAAUGAUAAAGUACUGCUGAAUUCCAGCCAUGAGGUCUUCUGGCAUGAAGCAACUACAGGGCCUCUUCGCGGUCUAUAAACCUCCGGGGCUGAAAUGGCUGCACGUGCGUGAGACCGUGGAGCUGCAGCUGCUGAAAGGUCUCAAUGCAGAGAAGCCUCCUGCUCCUGAACAGCGUGUUCGCUUCUUGCUAGGCCCUGUGGAAGGCAGCGAAGAGAAGAAGCUGACUCUCACCGCCACCAGUGUGCCCACCCUCACCACCCAUAGACUCGUACGUGGUCCAGCAUUCACAAGCCUGAAGAUCGGUGUUGGACACCGCUUGGAUGUCCAGGCUUCUGGUGUGCUUGUGCUCGCCGUGGGACAUGGUUGCAGACUCCUCACCGACGUGUAUGAUGCUCACUUCACCAAGGAUUACACAGUGCGUGGCCUCCUGGGCAAAGCUACAGACAAUUUCUGUGAAGAUGGGCGGCUGGUAGAGAAGACAACUUACGACCAUGUGACCAGAGAGAUGCUGGAACGCAUCCUGGCUGUGAUCCAAGGCUCCCACCAAAAGGCACUGGUGAUGUACUCCAACCUGGAUCUGAAGUCCCAGGAGGCCUAUGAGAUGGCUGUGCAAGGUGUGAUCCGGCCCAUGAACAAGUCCCCAAUGCUUAUCUCUGGCAUUCGCUGUCUGCACUUUGCACCUCCUGAGUUUCUGCUAGAGGUGCAGUGUAUGCAUGAGACACAGCAGCAGCUGAGGAAGUUGGUGCAUGAAAUCGGCCUGGAGCUGAAGAGCACUGCCGUCUGCACACAAGUGCGGCGCACUCGGGAUGGCUUCUUCAGGCUGGAUGAUGCCCUCCUGAGAACCCAGUGGAACCUACACAGCAUCCAGGCUGCCGUCCGGGCUGCGGCCCCCCGUGUGGCAACAGAACUGAAAAAGAACUUGAGCCUGCGGUUGGGCCACCAGCAGCUCCCUAGUGCUGGGCAAGCCUUGGGGCUUUAAGGGUCCAAGCUCCACUUUGGAGAUGGAAAGCUGUGCAGGGCAGUGACAGGCCAGGCAGCUGCCCAGAUGUAGGUGGGCAAAGACAGGCUCGGCACAAGUCAGAACUGAUGACUAUGCAGAGUGAGAUCAAGGCCCUGAGCAGUGUCUUGUCAUCCAGCAGAACAAAAAAGUAAGAAAGGAAGUCUUUCUAGAGGAGACACAGAGGAACUGCAGAUGUGAGCUGAGUCAUCUCAGCUAUUUGGGAGGCUCAGGCUAGAAUCUUGUCAGUUCAAGGCAGCCUACCUUGUCUCAAAAAGCCAAACCAGAGCAGGGCACAGUGGCACACACCUGUAAUCCCACUCAGGAAGGCAGAGGCAGGCCGAUCUCUGAUUUUGAUGCCAGCCUGGUCUACAAAGUGAGUCCAGGGUAGCCAAGGCUAGAGAGAAACAAGCAAGCAAAUAAACAAAAAACACCAAACCAGAGUCAGCCAUGAUGGCUCAGGCCUGUAGUCCCAGUGCUUAGGAGAGAAGGGAAGAUGAGGUUAAGGCCAGCCUGGGCUGUCUCCAAUGUUCAGCUUUUCACACAGGUGGGGAAUAGCGCCUCAACACUUACUGACCAUUGGUGAUGUACUUAGAUACAUAUGACUGAUUACACACUGUUUCAAGAUGGUGUCUCAUACCUGUGAUCUCAGUACUACUCAGCUGAGGCAGGAGGAUGGUUCUAAGUUUGAGGCCAGCCUGGACUACUCUUUCUGGAGUACUUUGUAUUGCAUCAGUAUUAAAUCUGUAGUGCAAACCAGUAACCAUCGCCCGGGUUGGGGAGGCAAGAGGAUCUAAAUUCAGGGUCAUCUUUGCCUAUGUAAUAAAUCUGAGGUUACAUAAACCUGGCCCUAAGACAAAAUAAGAAGCCCCAGAAUUACUUUUAAAAGGUUUGUUUUUAUGCCAUUGAGUGUUUGCAUGAGUGCUGUUGUAUGCACCCCAUGCCUCAUGGAGGCUAGAAAAGGGCAUCAAUGCCUGGAGCUGGAGUCAGCAGGCAGUUGUCAGCCACCGUGAGGGUGCUGGAAUGGAACACUGGUCCCCUGGAAGAGCAGCCAGAACUCGCAAUCUUAACCACUGGCCCGUCCCUCCAGCUCCCAGAAUCUCAUCAGCUGUACGAUGCAGUAGUUUCUUGUAGCUGUCCAGUAUCCUGACUGAACAGUUAUAAGCCAUUAGUUCGUGUCUCCCUGUGAAAAACCGCAAAUAAAACAGUAACAUGUGUAAGGAGUAUUGCAGAGAAGACACAAAAGAGAUGUGUUUUUAUUUCAGAAAAACAUACACAGUGUUUUGAUUACCUCUCCAACUCUUCCCAGCACACCCCCUCUCAACUUCAAGGCUUCUGUUUUUUAUAAGCCCCUGAGACCAAUUAAUGUUGGGCACACACAUGGGCACAGGGCCAGCCACAGCUACCAGGGGCCACACCCUGAAAAAUUCUCUCCUCCAGCAGUCCCCAGUCACCUAAAGGGCCUCCAGGCGGGGGGUUCCCAUGAGCUCCUCCAUCCUUGCUGGGAUGUUGACUGGCUUACUCUUGUGCAAACAACCACAGCUGCUGUGAGACUAUGUCAUGCCCAGAAGACACUUUCACAGUAGAUGAGCAAGAUAGUAGUAGCUUCUGUGCUAGGACUUCUGACCUACUCAGCCAUGGGUUCUGGCCAAGUUUACAGUGGCAGGCAUGAGUUCCUCCUGUGCAGUAGGCCUUAACUCUGAACAGGAAAUGGUUACCUCCAUAAUAUUAAUGCCACUGAUUGCAUUACUAGACAUGUAUCUUGCCAAGAUGGUCUUUUAUUGCGGCUAUGUGUAAGACUUGGUUGGCUUUUCUUCCCCAACAACCUGCAUAGUGCCUUCCAGCACUAUGAAGGGAAGUUUCCAGGUCUGGUCUAGUUGGAUUUCAUGUGCUUUGACCAAAGUGGUGUCUCCAGCAACAUGUUCUGGUGGGUAACCGAGAGCAGUAGCAUUAACUUGUACUGUUUGGGGCAAUCUCAGGGACCACCCUGACAAAGGGGGCAUCCCACCCUUGACACAAGCAUUUACCUUAAUAAUCCAUGGUUUCUGGGACAGAGCUUUAUCAAGACAAGUUUCUCUGUGUAGCCCUGGCUGUCCUGGAAUUUGCUUUGUAGACCACGCUGGCCUCCAACUCACAGAGAUCCACCUGCCUCUGCCUCUCUAGUGCUGGGAUUAAAGAUGUGUGCCACCACACCUGGCUUGCAGCUCCAAGCAGUAGGUGCACAGCAGGCUCGUGGCUAGACCUCAAACACUCAUCUUCCCCAUUCAUGGAAUGGAAAUAAUGACUUCACCCGUCUUUCAAGGUUACUGUGAGCAGGUAGAAUCAAGUGUCAGAUGAUACAGUCCAGCAGAUGGGAGCUGUAUAUAUUGUCUUCUAAGUGCUGGCUUCAGAGCCAGAACAGUGACAGCAAGAUCUCGAAUCAGGUCUUUCCUCCACCCCUUAUUUCUGUGGUGUAAAUGAUCUGCCAGGUAGAUUUUUGAUAAGUAGAACCUCAGCCAGACAAGCUGAUAACAUAAGUCAUACUGCUAGUGUGUGUAACCAGGGGCCCCUUCUGCAAUCCUUCCAAUGACCCAUGACCUCUGUCUUAUCAUCACUAAAGGAGAGGCUCCAGGGUCGAGGCAGCAAACAAAUUAUCUGACCAAUGUCUAAAGCAGGGACAGACUAAGCAACCGUCCCAGCCAAGAGGAGCCUAAAGCCAGAGUCCAGCAUCUCCUGGGUGAGGCUCAAGAACAGAACAAAGAUAAGGAGACACAGCUGAGGAAGUGGGAUUGAUGAUGGACUUUGACUGGCAGUGCUCCACAGAUAUGCAUUCACAAGAAACCAGGCACCUAGGCGUGAAAACUCUGUCCUAUCAAUAUUUUCUGAAAGUAACAUAAGGAAAUUAAGUUGCUGGAUGUGAUGACAUGCACCCUCUACUCCUGGAAUUGCAAUAUAGUUGAGUCAGAAGGGCCGUGAGUUCAAGGCCAGUCUGUCCUUGUCUCCAAAAAACAUCUGUUGAAAACCUGCCUUAGCCAGCAGUUAAGACCACUGUCCGCCAUUCUGGAGGACCAGAGUUCGGUUCCCUACACCCAUGUUGGGUGGCUCACACUGCCUGUAACUCCUCCAGGGAUGCCCUCUGGCCUUAGGUUCCUACACAAGUGGCAUAAGCAGACACAUACUGCACACAUACACAGAAGUUCUUUGUUGAGGGGUUGGAGAGAUGGCUCGGUGGCAUGUGCUGCUUUUUUGAAAGUCUUGGGUUUGGUUCCCAGCACCCACAUGGUGGUUCACAAACAUCUGUAACUCCACUUUCAAGGGAUCCAAUGCCCUGUUCUAACCUCUUUGGACAACAGGCACACUGGUGUGUACAUAUAUACAUUCAGGCAAAACAAUCAUACGUAUAGAAUAAAUCUGUGAAAAAUUGUAAAGUCCAGUAUGAUGGCACAUGCUUUUAAUCCUAGCUCCCAAAAGGCAGAGGUGGGAAGAUCUCUCCGAGUUCAAGGCCAGCUUGGUCUCCAUGGCGAGUUCCAGACCUACCUAGGCUACACACUGAGACCUUGUCUCAAACCACUCCUUCCUCCCAGCCCCCAGCCCUGGCUCUCCUAGAACUUGGUUUGUAGAUCAGGCUGGCCUUGAAUUCACAGAGAUCUGUCUGCCGCUGCCUCCGGAGAUUAAAGUCAUGCACCAGUAUGUGACCGGUUAUGCUUUAUUUUGUUUUUAUCAAAAUGGAAUAUAUAAUUUGUGUAUGCAGAACAUUGCAACUUGCUUCUUUGAUUAGCAAUAA